AUGACUCAGGAUGGGCCCAAGCCAUGUGCCUCAGAGUCAAGGCCCUCUUAUAGGGCAGCAGAAUGUGCAAGUGUAGGGAACUUUACCCGCACAGAUCUUUGUUGCCGCAUUGUGCUAUGGGGAGACACAGAGGGAGAUGGCAUAGAUGAUAAACGCCCUCAAAAAUUCGGCUCCAAGCCAAGUGAAGUGAACGAAAGCACCCACAGAGGAAUCUGCUGCUGCGGAAAGGAGUUGAGCAAAAAGGACCAUCUUUUGUCACUCAGGAGGCCGUUGUCGCGAUGCUGGAAAAGGAGCGAGGUCGAAGUCAGGAAGAUUGGACGUCGGCUUCUCCGUCGCCGUAUCCACAAGCUACUCCAGCAGCCACUAUCCUAA